UCAACAGCGACCAGCGACCGAGCGUUGUGCUGUGCAAUUCGUUCGCAAAUGAAUAGAAAAUUCGCCCGUGGAUAAACGCGCUGCUCUUUUGUUCCGGAAUCUUUCCGUACAAAGGCUAAUCCGACAGUAGUAAUUUAUCGCUGAUUGCGAUUGUGGAAAAUUGUUGAAUUUUGUUACGUGAUACAAAAAAUUGAAUAAAGGAAUUUAUAGUUUCCAACAAAUCGUAGGUGAAUCAUAGAUUAAGUGGUGCUCCUGUGCUCGUGGUUGUGCUCGGGAAGCAAAAAGCAGGAAGCGCGUACAUUUUGUGGCUUGCCUCAGAGCUUCUCCGAUUGAUGUUAUGAAUAGUUUCAUUCGAUAAGUGUGUACGUAUAGUGCAACAACGCAGAGUAUUCAAAGUGUGUUAACAAAAAAUAGAAAAGAAUAGGCAAAUAUUAGUUUUAAUAUCGCGCAAUAACUAGGAAGAAGCCCUUUCGUUGCGCAAAACAGGAAACCGGAAGCAAAAACGCAAUGUAUUUCUACAAAAACAAGCUGCUGGUGCCGGCGCAGCUGAAAAAGCUGGGCGAGCACAAGUAUUCCUGCACCAACGUUAGCAUGCUGGACCCGUUCCUGCAGCCCUGGUGGUGCUGGCUGGUCGCCAGGGUCCCGCUCUGGCUUGCCCCGAAUCUAAUCACAAUCGUCGGUCUGGUUGUCAACAUCAUUACCACCCUUAUUCUAAUCUACUUCAGUCCGAAUGGUCGAGAGGAACCGCCCCGGUGGGCGUGUGCCCUGUGCGGCCUGGGGCUCUUCAUCUACCAGAGCCUGGACGCCAUCGACGGGAAGCAGGCCCGUCGAACGAACUCAUCGUCGCCGCUGGGCGAACUGUUCGAUCACGGUUGCGACUCGAUAUCGACCGUGUUCGUUGCCCUGUCGGCGUGCAUAUCCGUCCAGCUUGGCUACUACCCGCGGUGGAUGUUUUUCCAGUGUUUCUGCGCGAUGACACUGUUCUACUGUGCCCACUGGCAGACGUACGUUUCCGGAACGCUUCGGUUCGGCAAGAUCGACGUCACCGAGGCGCAGUGCACCAUCAUCGGAAUCCAUCUGAUAUCGGCCGUGUUUGGUCCAUCGAUCUGGAUGACUAAACUUCCGUUACUGGGUGGCAUCGACAUUAGGAUAGUACCACUUUACUUUGCCGUGUUUGUGUUUGGGAUGCUCGCGUACCAAAACGCAACCGUGAUCUUCACGGGAGGCGUCGGCAAGAAUGGAUCAACUGUGGCCGGAACCAGCGUCCUAUCGCCCAUCAUACCGUUCCUGUUUGUGGUGGUGCCCGCCUACGUUAUCUCGCAAAAGUCCACCGAUCACAUCUACGAGAACUAUCCGUCGUUGUACAUUAUGGCCUUUGGAAUGAUCACGGCUAAGGUGACUAACCGGUUAGUGGUUGCCCAUAUGACCAAAAGUGAGAUGGAGUACCUGGAUUGGGGUCUUAUAGGACCCCUGUGUCUGUUCCUGAACCAGUACUUCAACAGUUUCCUUCCAGAGUAUUAUCUUUUGUGGUUCGCACUGCUCUGGUGUUCUGUUGAUCUAGUCCGGUAUUGUGGUCAGGUGUGUUUGGAAAUCUGUGCCUACCUGAAGAUCGAGCUGUUCCGUAUCCAGUUCCCAGCGAGACCGCAGAUGACAUCACAAGGUACGAACAUGCCGCAUCAUCAUCACGAAGGUAAAAACGGAUCGCCGUCCUCGGAGGUGGACACGGAUCUGCGGUUCGGUUUGAAUAACAACGACAGCAGCAGCCGCAGUGGCAGCAAAUCGCCACCGAUCAGCCCCAGCCGCACCGGUCUGCACGUUCCACCCACCUUCCGGCGGACACAGUCCGAAAGCAGCACCGGAUCGCCGCGCAUUACGCCCAGUUCGUCCCCGAGGAAGGUGCUGUAGUAAGAGGGCUUUGCUCGAUGGGGGCGCCGCCGCGCCGCGCCGGUCCGUGUCGUCGUGGCCUGUUAGUAAAAUUGUUAGUGAAGUAACAACAAACAAUACCGCAAAAUCUAUCUAUGGAAGUGUAGAAUUUAGUCGUAAGUCUGUGCGACGCCUGAUGCUUGCCUUUUAGACGGUUUUUAUUUUCGAUCGAAAAAUGGCGGCAUUCGAUACUGUUCGUCAAAAAUUUCGGAAGUCAAUUUUUAUUCCCAAUAAUGGGUCUGCGUGCGUUACUCAAUCGAGUAUUGGUCCUUAGAUUUUGGCACUGGGCACUGGAGAUCAUAGCACUUCGAAGGUGCCUGAAGUAAUAUAGGUAAAAUAGGGAUAUUUAUUUAUUAAAUAAU